AUGAGACCAUCAACAAAUACUUUGACUACCAAUGAACCAAGUGAGAAGGACAAAGAAAUUGAUAUUUCUGAGUUUACUUCUUUUUUAGAAGUAGUUAAAUCUGAUUAUCAAUAUUCUUGUCAAACGCUACAAAUUGUACUGGACAAUUUAAAGAUUGUUAUAACGCUGCAAAGUCAACGUGAUCUGGACCCAAUGGUUCGUGUAAAAAGUGGUGCUAACAUACUAGUUCAAGAAUCGAAAAUCACAAGGUGGUGGUUCCAAGCGAAAACUGCCGUUUCUAAUAAUAAAGGAAAAGAAAAUUUGUGA